UAAGAAUUUCCUUUCAGGUUCACCAUUUCUCCUCCCUCCAAGAAGGGUAUCCAAGCCUAAUCAGGAGCAGCAGCAGCAAUAAAGAAAUAUGAAUUUGAAAGGCAAGGCUAUAAUCUUCGCUGUGAUAUUCUCUGCUACAGUUAUUCAAGGAUUCCCUAUGUUUAAAGGGGGUCGAUGUCUAUGUAUUGGUCCUGGACUGAAAGCUGUAAAAGUGGCAGAUAUUGAGAAAGCGUCCAUAAUUUACCCAAGUAACAGCUGUGACAAAAUCGAAGUUAUUAUUACCCUGAAAGCACAUAAAGGACAACGAUGCCUGAAUCCAAGAUCAAAACAAGCAAGCCUUAUAAUCAAGCUAGUUGAAAGAAAGAAUUCUUCAAAACACUGAAACAUAUGAAGUCCUGGAAAAGAUGAUUUGAAAACCUACAACAAUUUAACUGGGACUGCUGAAAUGAUAAGAAUUCUGCAAUAGAAAAUGACUCUCUCUUGCCUAUUAUAAUAUACAUUUGUGAUUUCUAGGUUACAGAACCUUUCAGGAGAUUAAUACUUGUAACUGUUUCACUGUGACUAUGAAAAAACUUCUGUUUCUAAAAGUAAUGUCUGUUCUUGAGCUAUAUUCCUUAUUAUCUGUAGUUACAAAGGUGACAUUAACACUGUUAAUGGAGUCAUUCUUAUGAACCAAAGCAUGCAUGUGUAGUAAAACAUUCCUCAAAUAAUUUUUCAUGAAAAUAGUUUCCCAACUUAAUAUAA